AUGGGUCGUAAGGCUGGUCCUAGUACCCCUACCGCACCAGUGCCAAGUCACCCAGCUAUUCAAGGACAUUCUUCCAGUGCAGCCAAAAGAACGGAACAUGAAGACAAACAAAUUUAUAUGCCACCUUCUCAGCCAAAGCUUUUCUUGUCGAGACCAUUCGUUGACGCUGCCUUGGUCAAAGGAAGCUUGAAAACUUUGGUCUCCCUCCCACGAUAUUUGGAUGUAAUGGAAUGGGUGGCUAUGAACAAACCACCUGAUCUGAGUAUGUUGGGGUUGGUUCCAGUGUUUGAUUUUUACAAUAAUAUAAACCUCUUCUACGGCGCAAUCGCGGAACGAUGCACAUCCAAAAACUGCCCGACAAUGACAGCCGGUGACAAGCUUGUAUACACUUGGGUCGAUGCGAACAACAAGCAGGUAAAAUUACCGGCCGCGACAUACAUUGACUUUGUCUUCACUUGGGUCCAGAAUUUACUGGAGGACCCAUCAAUUUUCCCGACCAAAGCCGGCCAUCCAUUCCCAGCGAAUUUUCCGGCGACUU